GAUGGCCUGGUCAAGUCGAACAUGGAGAAGCUCAUCUUCUACGCAAUGUCAUCGCCGGAGAAGCUUGACCGAAUUGGCGCCUACCUGGCGGAGCGCAUCAACCGCGACCUCUCACGACAUCGCUUCGGCUUUGUGGUGAUUGCCAUUGACGCCAUGGACCAGUUGCUGGUGACCUGCCACUCACUGAAUCUCUUUGUGCAGAGCUACCUGAAGGUGGUGCAGCUAGUGCUGGAGAGUCAAGAUGCCGAUCUGCAAGUGCUCGCAACGAGCUCGUUUGUGAAGUUUGCGAACAUCGAGGAGGACACGCCGUCGUACCACCGCAGCUACGACUUCUUCGUCUGCAAGUUCUCCUCGCUGUGCCACAGCAACAACGGCGACCUGAAGAAGCGGAAGCAGCUGCGCUCGGCCGGCCUGAACGGCAUCAAGGGGCUCAUUCGGAAGACGGUCAGCGACGACCUCAACAACGGCGACCUGAAGAAGCGGAAGCAGCUGCGCUCGGCCGGUCUGAACGGCAUCAAGGGGCUCAUUCGGAAGACUGUGAGCGACGACCUGCAGGUGCAGACGGACAUCUGGAGUGAGGUGCACAUGGAGAAGAUCAUCCCCUCGCUGCUCUUCAACAUGCAGUGCAAGGACUUUGAGGACAUUCCAGGCAGCACUGAGGCGGCGGGAAAAGUUGGGGGAGUGAUCAUUUUGGCACCCGAUUCGCAGUGCAGUGCUGUGGACCGGUCGAGCGGAAGCGGAAGUGACCAGCAGCUGCCGCAGGUGCAGGCGGAGGAGUGCCUGCGCGAGCUAAUAGCCCGGGCCACCUUCGGUCACGUGCACACCAUUCUGAAGCCGAUCAUCAAGCACCUCGAUGCCCACCGGCUGUGGGAGGCGACGGUGGCCGAGCCGAGCGACAAGUUCGCCAUCAACUCCUUCAAGAUCAUCAUGUACUCCAUUCAGCCGCAGCACUCCUACACGGUGGUGCAGCUGCUGAUGAACCACCUGGACAGCCACUCGGGCGAGAAUCGCAUCAAGGUGAAGACAGGCAUCGUCAACGUCCUCAAUGAGAUCAUCAGCAUCAGCGUGGCGCAGUCGAUCGGUCCCUCGGUGCUGGGCAUCAUCAGCUCGCUCAUUCUCCACCUGCGUGACUCCAUCCACAACAUCAACAUGAAGAAGUACGUCGAGGAGGAGCGCCUCUUCCAGGAGGCGGUGAUCAACACUCUGGGCGAGUUUGCCGCCAACCUCCCUGACUACCAGAAGAUCGAGACGAUGAUCUUCAUCAUCGACAAGGCGCCGCCGGUGUCGGCCACCUCGGCCACGGACAUUCAGCUGCAGAACAUCAUCCUCAAGAGUCUGCUGAAGGUGACCACGAAGUACAAGCCGGUCAGCAUGAUGCAGACCUUUCCCUCCA